AUGCAGCGUAUUCUGACUCCUGGGACACUGUUGCGAAAGGCAGCAGUGCGCCCACUGCUGGUUGACAUCACCCUUCCUAAGCCAGCAGUAGCAUUGUGCUGCUGUACUCUCCGUCCGAUACCAAUGCCAUCUACAGGCCAACACUGGCUCUCAACCUCAGCCUCCAGCAGGGAGGCACAUCAGUCGAAACACAAGCCACCACAGGAGGAGCCUCAGUCCCAAAAGGUUCAGAGAGGGGAGACUGGUCCUGAUGCUGCAGAGGUGGAUCCCCUGCAGGACAAUUCCAUCGGCCUGUUCCAGAGGUUUAAGAGGACCUUCAAACAAUAUGGGAAGGUGAUGAUCCCUGUAGAUCUAGUGACGUCCUCGGUCUGGUUUGGAACCUUCUAUUACGCUGCUAUGAAAGGUGUGAAUGUUGUGCCAUUCUUGGAGAAAAUGGGUCUCCCGGAACCAUUAGUGGGCCUUUUGAAAAACUCUUCGAGUGGCUACGCUCUGACUGCAUAUGCCAUGUACAAGAUUUCCACUCCUGCUAGAUAUACAUUAACUUUAGUUGGCACAUCACUAUCAAUUCAGUAUCUCCGCAAACACGGCUACUUGUCCACGCCACCACCUGUAAAAGAAUACAUCCAGGACAAAAUGGAGAUGAAAAAAGAGAAAUUUACAGAAAAGAUGGAGGAGACGAAGGAGAGACUGUCAGAGAAAAUCGAGGUUACAAAGGAGCGCAUCUCUGAGAAAAUGGAAGAAACUAAGGACAAGCUUUCUGAGAAGCUGCAGGAAACCAAAGACAGAGUCUCUGAGGGAAAAUCAUUUUUUAGAAAGAAAAAUGAUUAG